AGUUUCUUUCAGUUCUGCGAAUUUCUUGCUAAUGCGCACGCUUGCCCGUCCUAUCACCUCGCGCCUGUGCCCGUGAUUGCAGUUUGUGAUUGUUUUCAAGAGGUUGUGUUGACCGAGAAUUGUGGAAUUCCAUGUUUUUGUUUCAUUCGUCGUGAUUAUAUUUUGAAUAAUUAGUUAACGAAAUCCUCAUAUUUACGGCUCAAUUGGCCUUGCCAUUAACAUGUGUUUACCCCUGUAGACGAGGCAACUCAUCUGUGAUUUGGAGGUGUUUACCUUUAGUGUCAUCGUCUCAAAUUCUCUGUUAAGAUUUUCCUGUCCUUCAAGUGCUCCAGUCAUUGUUCUUAUAAUACGUGGAUCUUUUUAUGGAUAGGCGGCUGUAGCGAUCGCUAAUGGACACCCGCUGCAAUCAUUUCCUCUCAGAAUGGUGAAGGCGGCUAGGGCGCCUUGGGGCUUGAGGGCGGGGCGCUAGGGGGCGGGCGGCCCCGGGCAUGCCCUGGCCCCGGCCCCAGCCCCGAUGCACGGGAAGUUGCGGCUGCCGUUCCGGCCGCCCUCGGUGAAGCGCUGCGUGGCGGCGCUCUCGCUCCUGUGCUGCGCCUCCAUGCUCUACUGCGCUCGCCACCUAUCAUCGCCAUGGGCGGCCUUCUCGCGGCCCGACACCCACCUGGAGCCGGCCGUUCACUGCGCCGGCGCCUCCGAGCUCGGCCGCCUCCUCCCGGCCGCCGCCCACGACCACCGCAGCGACGCCCGCCUCCGCAUCGACCCCAAGGUCCUUGUCUUCGUCGAGACCACCUACUCCCGCCUCGGCAAGGAGAUCGCCGAGCUCCUCGUCCAUAACCGAAUCAAGUACAAAGUAGAAGUAGCAGGGAGAUCACUUCCUGUUCUGACUUAUCUGGACAAAGGCCGCUAUGGAGUCAUCGUUUUCGAGAACAUCAACAAGUACCUGGAAAUGGAUAAAUGGAAUAGAGAUCUGCUCUACAAAUAUUGUCGGGAGUACAGUGUGGGAAUUAUUGCUUUCACCCCAUCCAGAGAGCUGACCGUUGAAAAUGAAAAACUCCGCGGCUUUCCUCUUUAUAUAUCCAAUAAUCUCAAGUUAAAGGAUGCUGGAUUAAAUGCUGCCUCUACAAUUCUACGCUUAACUCGAGCUGGAGAAACUGCGUGGGGUCCUUUGCCGGGUAACGAUUGGACGAUUUUUCAUGCCAACCACUCGACUUAUGAAACACUAGCCUGGGCAGUCAACAACACAUAUCCCCAUGAAGACAAGCUGGGUUUGCCUCUAACAACAGUUGUACAGGAUCAUGGAACCUACGAUGGAAUUCAAAGGGUAUUUUUCGGGUCAGGACUGAAAUUUUGGCUGCACAGGUUACUAUUUUUAGAUUGUUUGUCCUAUCUAAGUCAUGGCCAGCUUAGUUUGAGCUUGGAUCGGUUGAUCUUGAUAGAUAUAGAUGAUAUUUUUGUCGGGGAACGCGGCACAAGGUUAUGGCGGGAAGAUGUUGUUGCAAUAUUGGAAACUCAAGAGAGGAUGCAGAAAAUGAUACCAGGAUUCAAAUUCAAUCUAGGUUUUUCUGGGAAAUAUUUCCACCAUGGAACGCCAGAGGAAAAUGCUGGAGACGAUAUGAUUCUGGAGAACGUCCACAAGUUUUCAUGGUUCAGUCACAUGUGGAAUCACCAACAGCCACAUUUGUAUGAAAAUCAGACCCUUCUAGAGAUUGAAAUGACUCUUAACCGGAACUUUGCCAGAGCACACAAUAUCCCAGUUGAUUCUGGCUACUCAGUUGCUCCUCAUCACUCAGGUGUUUACCCAGUUCAUGAGCCUCUCUACACUGCAUGGAAGCGGAUUUGGAACAUCAAAGUGACCUCGACAGAGGAAUAUCCACAUCUCCGGCCAGCUCGACUAAGGCGCGGUUUCAUUCAUCGGAACAUCAUGGUGAUUCCAAGGCAAACUUGCGGGCUCUUUACUCACACAAUUUUCAUUAAAAGUUUUCCUGGUGGAAGAGCUAAACUUGAUGAAUCCAUUCAAGGAGGAGAACUCUUCCAAACAAUUGUUUAUAAUCCUAUCAAUGUAUUUAUGAGUCAUAUGUCCAACUAUGGGAAUGAUCAACUUGGUCUGUACACUUUUGAGUCUGUGAUAAAAUUCCUGCGAUGUUGGACGAAUCUCAACAUCACCUCUGCUCCUCCUACGACAAUCGCUGAAAAAUAUUUUCGGCUGUAUCCUGAGGAAAAGGAUCCUAUUUGGGGGAACCCAUGUUUAGACCAGCGGCAUAUGAAAAUUUGGUCACACAAUAAGUCGUGUGAACAACUCCCGAGAUUUCUAGUGAUAGGACCACAAAAGACCGGCACCACUGCUUUGUACACUUUUCUUGCCAUGCAUCCGAACAUAUCAUCCAAUGUUCCCAGUAUCGAAACAUUUGAGGAAAUACAGUUUUUCAAUGGCCAUAACUACUACAAAGGCCUUGAUUGGUAUAUGGAUUUUUUCCCACUUUUGAAAGAUUCUACAACGCAGUACCUGUUUGAAAAAUCAGCAACUUAUUUCGAUGGAGAACUUGUUCCUAAAAGAGUCCAAGCACUCUUACCUCAUGCUAAAUUGGUUACCAUAUUGAUAUCACCCGCCAAGCGAGCCUAUAGCUGGUACCAACACACAAAAGUUCAUCGUGAUCCUGUUGCCUUGAAUUACUCAUUCUAUGACAUCAUUUCUGCUAAUGACAGUGCCCCAAAAAAUCUGAGAGAUCUCCGAAACAGAUGCUUGAACCCAGGCAAAUAUGCUCAACACCUAGAAAGGUGGCUCACUUAUUUCCCUAUGCAACAGCUGCAAAUCAUUGAUGGAGAUCAACUCCGCUCGGAUCCAAUAGGAGUUAUGACCGGGCUACAGAAGUUCCUCAACAUCACGCCUAUUUAUGACUACUCUCAACAUUUGAGAUAUGAUCCGCGAAAAGGGUUUUUCUGUCAAGUGCUGAAGAAUGAUAACACAAAAUGUUUGGGACGCAACAAAGGAAGGGGAUAUAAACCGAUGGAUGAAAAGUCUUACAAACUGUUAAAGCGUUUCUAUCAAAGUCACAAUACAGCUCUUGUGAAAUUAUUCAAGCGCUUGGGAUAUCGAAUGAUUCCUCAGUGGCUCAAAGAUGAUCUUAGUGACUCUAUGAUUUCCUGACAUGCACUUCGGUUUAAAAAGUGGCCUAAACGGCAUGGCAACAAGCUACGAAAUAAGUCUAUCCAACAGAGGUAAAUGGAUGCACUCUCUUAAGUAGUUUAAAAGACAAUACUUUAAAAGAUUCCAUUGUUCUAUUUGAAUUGAUUAUCUAUUUUAUUGUACGAUCGUAUUUCUGUAACUAGCUCUAAGUUUGCAUUUCCAUCCAGUAAAAUCAACGUAUCAUUCUUUUAAUUUGGAUCAUUGUAGCCUUUUUCUACAGCAACAAAAACAAUUUCAAAAAUUUUUCCUUGCUGUUUUCAUAGCUUUUUUUUUCUUCUUUUUUUUCUGUAGGUCAUUUUCCCUUUUUUAUCUGUAGUAAAUGUAGCAGUUGUUUUUUUGUAGCUGCCUUUUGAAAAUGUUGACUAUCUUCACCUCUGAAGUUGAAUUCUUAAAAUUUGACAAAUGAUUUUCUUUUUGUCCUCGUCUCUCCCUUUCCCUGACAAAACCAGAUAAAUAGGAAAAUUCAACCCAUUAGGAAAUAUUUGCAAAUGUUAAGUCUGGAACAAUUGAAAUUUCAUGAACUAUUUUUAAAAUUAACUCGGCACUAACAUUCAAGUACUUUUUCUCCAUGGGACCUAAAAGGUAAACAUAACGUAACAUCAAAAUUUUUCGAAAAGAGCUUUAACUUCAAAUGAAAAUUUUUAUCGUAGAAAACUUCGGAACCAUUUUUUAAUGUUGUCUGUGGAUUAAACAGAAAAAACAUAAUUUUAAAGCCAUCAAGUCACAGCCUCCAGUCCAUGGGCCUUUGACUACCCGAGCGAGGACUAAAAAAACAAGGAUAUCCAAAAGAAAGAGUCUUGAAUGCUAUAAUGUCAGAUUUACUUUUGGAUUGCUUCUUUUGUUCUAUGGAGCUGUUCUCUUAUCAUUUGAAUGCAGCUAGCUGACUUUAAAACAAAUUUUAGACUUACUUUGUUGACUUUAGGUAUAGACUUUAGACUCCAUUAUUAGUUGAAGGAUUUUUUCGCAAGAUUGCUGUGAUGUUCUAGAAUAUAUUGAGUACCCCUGAAAAUCGCCAUAGCAAAAUUCAUGCUCCAAUGAAAAGAAUUUAGUAAUAUAAUUUAAGGGUCUUGAUAUCAGUUAUUCAUCUGAAAUCUUAAGUUUUAGCUGCUUUUUAUGUAGUGUCAUUUUCAAUCAUUUCAGUUGCCAGAAAAUUUAGCUAAAAUUUACAGAUAAUCUGAAGUGUCAUUUUGUUCGCAUUACUAUUUUUAUGAGCAACAGUUGCACACACAUAUCAUCUCUUUUUUAAACAUUUUUUACUUGCCACUGAGACUUUUUAGGAACAAGACCAUGUCUACUUCAAAUUCUGUGUUAGUCAUUAGAAACCUAUAAUACUUUUGAAUUGUUUCAUAUUAUUUUGUAUCAUUUAAAUGUACCUACUUAAUUUGUAUAGUGUAAAUAACGAUGAGUAACUGUCGUGACUUAUCUUCUCUUUUGCCCUCUUGUUUGUUUCAGUUUGAGCUUUGUAAAAACUCAUUCAUAAAUUUGUCUUCAUGUAUAAAAAAAGAAACCCCAAAGUAUUUGUGUACGGAAAUACUUUGUUUUGCCUUUCUGCUUUUUAAUUUGAUGUAUAAUUCUUUUGUAUGAAUGAUUAAAAGGCUGAAAGAAGUCGAAUCCCCAGAAACUUUUAUACUGAUGCAAGAGAAACCAAAUUAUAUUGAUACUUCUAGGAUAACAAACCUUACCACUCCAACAAAUUUAAAUUUUUCACCUCCUUCAAAUGUUGUUCGAAACGAAUAGGUGAAGUGCAGCAAGGUUGAAUGAAAACUCUCAGAGAAUUACUCACCAUGGAUACAAUAGUUUGAAUUUUAUGGAUAAAACUAUCUAUGAUGUUUCAGAUAACAUUAAACAUAUUUUACUAUUAUUUCCUCAUCAGACUGAUUGUGAGAUAAUGUACGAGCUUGACUUUAGAGUCUAUUUUCAUGCAUGGUGAAAUAGGUGUAUCACUUUUAUCAUCUCUCUAUUUAUACACAUCGAAAAUACCACUUUGAUAAUAACGAGUAAUGCAUUCUGCAGGUUUGAAUCUCAAAACUUAUCCCGUAAAGAAGCUUUCAUCAUAUUAUAAAAAAUGAUAAGCUGAAAUUUCAAUAAAGUGCAAAUGUAUUUGCAUUGUAUUUUUAAUUACCUCUGAACUUAGCAAAUUUCUGUGACAACAAUUAAGCCAGGAAAGAACUUAUUCAGAGAUACAAAUAAAUUAUUUGUAAUCUCAUUGUCAAGCUAAUUCUAAAACAUGAGUGGUGAAGGCUCUUGUAUGAAAGAAUACAUUUAUUCAGACUGCACAAAAGAGGCAAGAUCGUCAAUGUUGUAUAAAGUCAAUUAAAUUUUUUUUAAGUCAUGUUUGUAAAUAUGUAUAGUUUAAUAAUUAAGGUUUUAUAAGUUAUUGCAAAGACCUUUCAUUUUGUAAGGACGUUUCACAGUUUUGACUGGAAUGCACAAAAAUGUGCGCUUAGUUUUUCAAAGUUUGUAACUUAAGUUUUUCUUACUUUAAUGUUGAUAAGUGAAUCACACUGCUGUAAGUGAUGUUGAGACUGAAGAAUUACUACAGAGAUUAGGAAGUCGAUCAUGCCUAACCUGUUGUUUGAUUGUCAUGUGACUUCAGAGCCUCCUGACCUGUCAAGAUCCUGGUGCACUUUUUGACCAAUCAGAAACCAUAAUUUUCUCACCGGACAAUAAAUCAAUAAAAAAUUAAUGCAUCAAAAAAUCACUCAUUGAAAUAUUUCUUAUUCCGUCUUUUUUAUUUCUCUCCAUGUUUUAAACAUCAUUCCGAGGUCGGUCUGUUAUGUUUCCUCUGGUUUCUGAUUAAUCAAUUUUUAAUUAUCUCUGAGGAAAAACAUUCCCAUAAGUGGAUCAUUGGUUCUUGAUUCUAACCAGCAGUCUCUGUGACAAAGAGAAAAAAGAGAGGAAACUUAUCACAGGCUCUCUAAUGAUUUUAUAUAUAAGAUCCUAAUUCAGCUUCCCUCACAAUGAAUGAAAUUCUGACUUAAUGGCUUGCUAUCAUGUUGUUUAAAAACUUGAGUCUCCAAUCCAUGUCAGCAUCAAUCAAGGUUUUGAUCACUCCAGCAUAUUUUUGUUUGAGUUAUUGUGUAGUUGGUAUGAGGAAUAUUCUCUUGUAUUUCCUAAGUUAAAUUACAAUAAGCUCGGCUCAAUGUCACUACAAAGUGUUGCUAUGACCUUCAAAUUUUUGUAGAUUUUUCUUUGAUGUCUUGUUAACUGUUUAUCAAUGUUUCCUCUCUUCUAUUAGAACGUAGAAUAGUUUUUUAUGAUGCUGGGCUCAGUGUUGUUUAGUCUUAUAGAGUGCUCAUUGCGCUAUAUCAUUCCUAUUCGAUUUGUUAAACAAUUGUGUAGUAGAUUUUUCAAAUUAGGAAGCUCAGUCCAUUUUCCCAGUGGUGUAAUCAUAGAUUACAAUUUUGAGAGGGCUUGAAGUCCGCAAUUGGUAUGCGCUCAUAUUGUAUGAAGGAAAAGCCUCCAAAAUGUGCCAGAUAUUGCCAUAAGUUGCUUCUGUCUUUGUAAUUUCUUACUCCAGGGAGACAAAAAACAGCUCUCUCUCCUUUGAAAUGAUGCCACUACUUUUCCCAUAUCACUGUAAAAAGAAUUGUUGAUUUCUUGUUACCUUGAAAUAGACACUAAUAUUGUUUUCCAUUUUUAAAUUUCUUCUUAUUUAAACUGUUUCAUAGCUUUUAUGCAAAAGUUUUAAUUAAUAAAGUCACUCCAGCAUGGCUUGAAUGGAAAAAGUACCUUAACUUUGCUAAGCUCACACUUGUUUUGUUUCUGUACUUUACUGUGUAAUAAUAUCUAAUUUUAGCACUUGGCACCUUACUUAAAGAUCUACUUAUUUAAAAUGUUAGUUUGAAGAUCUGUUCAUCUGGAUACUAUUGUGGGUCAAAUAAUUUUUGCUUAGAAUUUGGUACCUGAACAUCUCCACCCUUUGCCAGUAGAUUUCUACCAGAGGAUUUCUUUUUAUUAAUUCAUAUUUUCCUGUGAAUUCCGCUAAGGCCAUACGUUUCUAGGACUUUGUCUACUUCAGUGGCGUGGCGUGAAUAAUCGAUCAUCGAUAUCUCGCCAUUUGAAGCUAUGGUAAAGAAUCGAUUACUAAGGUGUUCGCUGCGAACACCCUAAUAAUCGAUCUUUUUUCAUAGGUUUAAAUGGCAUAACAAUCGAUAUAUCGCAAUUCACGCCACGCCACCGGUCUACUUGCACAGAGCUCUUGGAACCUCGGCAUAGUGAGCCAUAGCUGAGUUAUAACUUAUUUUUUUUGUGCACAGAAAAAGGGCAAAAAACGAUGCACAGCUGAAAGUUCUGUGAACUUGUUCCAGCAAAGUUCUAUUAACCGUUGCUCGUACAAGGCCUAACAUUUUGUUUUAAAUUGGAUCCAAGAACCAAAUCUUUUUCAGAUCCUAGCCGAAAAACGGACCUCUUAUCUAGGUACAAAUCUAAGCAUUCUGGUAAAUGCUCCCUCCUCAAGAUGUCACCUAACACACAAUUUGUGCAACAAAAAUUACUGGAAUUAACUCCUAACCAAGAUUCUAAUGUCUUUAUUUAGCUUUGUUUGCGAAUAAUUAGAAUUACCUACUCCCCAAAAAAUACCAGAGUCUAGGUAUGUGAAUUUUAUUGUGUGUGAUUUAACUAUGUACAUUAUGGUUUUUUUCUUGAGCAGAAAGUUUUAAUUCGUGUAUCAAUAUCUUGGUUAGGAGUUCCUUUCAAAAAUUGUGAUCACUCAAACCGUAUUUUACGUAAAAUUUUGAUGAGAAAACAUUUAUGUUCAUGCUCAAAUUUGCAUCUUGGCCAGUGGUCUAUUGAAGACUAUCCUGCCAUAGAAAUUUACCUUUUCUUUGCUCUUUUAACUUAAACAUUGUGGAAAGAGUACCACAUAGUGCUAAUAAUAUGAAUGGGAGGAGAAUCUUUAUGCUACACAUUUUUACGGUAGUAUUUUUACAUAAGACUGUCUCACCUUUGCCAUAGCUUUUUGGGUGACUUGCAUCCUGCACCCAUUUUCAGAGCUAUCAGAAAUACUAUGAAACAAUUGAAAGCAUUCAACAUGAUAAGUUAAAAGCUUCAGCGAAUGUAAAAUAGCAUAUAUAAAUACUACAAUACAAAAUAUACAGCAUACAGGUUCUCCUCUUAUUCCUUUUACUUCUCUCUCAUAAUUAAUCCUCAGAUUACUUGUCUAAGAUAGAGUAACCUAGAACAAGUGCGGGUACUUGUUAGUCACUCUUGUGUGAAGAAGCAUCUGACCAAUCAGAUAAUAGACCAUCCUCGCAAUGUAAUUUGGAAACACAGCAUGAGAAGUCAUCCGAGGAUAGUCCAUUCGGUCGUGCUGGGAAACGUUUCCAUUUGAGGGGUGUUAUAGUAGUUUCCAAGGUGAUUUAUUCAAGAAUUUACUAAUAAAUCCUGCUGAAACUUUUUAAAGUUGAAGGCACAGAAGUGCUGUUAAAGCUGUUGAAGUUCCAGAAAAACCAUCAGUAUUUUAAGGAAACAAGUCUGGAAAGUGCACCAUCGCCACUUUAAAUUAAUGUGAUUUUAAAUAAUCAAGACAAGCAAAUAGUCAUUUUGUCAUGCUAGCACUCACAUUUGUUAUAGGUUACCAUAUUUAUUCUGGUUUCUGCAUGCUUUUGUAACAAGUAAUUCUUAGACUGCAAUUAUGAAUUACUACGCCACUCAGAGAGAAGUUCAUGUCUGUUUUUCAGUGCUUGGAAUUUGUUAAAAAUUUAUCCUGUUUCCCCACAGUGGUAAAGCUCCCUAAAAAGUGCCAUUUUAAUUUUGGAAGUCCCCUUUAAUCCGAUAAAUGAUUUAGGAGUUGCUGAUUAUCUGAUCGAAGAUGGAUUUAUUGUGCCAUAAAUUAUUAAAUUCUUUGCAUAGAUUUGCACUUCUGUUUCUGUAAUUUCAUUUUUAUUUUAUUUUGUAUCAAGUGUCUUUGUGCUAAUAAUGCCCACCCUGUGCUAAUACAUAUUUUCUAAUUUCUGGAGUAACCCUCCCUGUUUCACAAAUGCUUUCACCUACUUGUUACUGAUGUUUCAUGUUGCCUAACGUGUAAAAUUGUAACUGCUGUGUAAUUAAUUUUUUUAAAUUUACUUGUUUAUUUAUUUAUUUAUUGAUGAAUCAGUUCAAUAAAAUGUUGACUAAUAAAAA